GCUGUAGCAUAUCCAAAAUAUCGAUGAAGGUAACAAGCUAAAAGCUAAUGUUAGGCCUGAGCGUGCGCAAGGACGUGUGUUUUUGAGGACCGAGCAGGUGCGAAGUGGUCGUCAGAGCAGGUAACUCUGCAGGUUUGAUCUGCAGCUUUUUACGCCAGAACUCGGAGGGCACAAGCCUGGUGCCUUGUCCUGGGAUCAGACCAGCAACAAUAGGUAGCCAAAAGGACAAAGCAGUUGGAGAUGGCUCAUAAAGUCCUGGGUAUGGAUAAAAAAGCAAGAAAUAACGUGAUGGUCUGCUGUCUGAAACCACCCAUAUGCGAAAGUUUGAAACCUCUUUCCAUGUAUUCAAGGAUGACCUGUAACAGAAAGGCUGAUCUGCAGCAGUCGGGAAGGUUUUCUACAUUUAAUCAUUUAGAAAUUGAGGUCCGUAAUAACUGGAUAAAUAAAAGGAAACCGUACUAUUCCAGUCCUGAUGAAGGGUAUGUUAGUCCGUUAAAAAAGCCCCUUAGUCCACAGGCUUUGUCCCCUGAUCUCGAGUGUUUUACGGACUGUUACAGCCCUUUUGUGAGACAGCAAUCAACAUUGUCUUAUCCUGAACCUUUACCUAAAAAGCAAAAUGUUGGGAGUGCAGUAAAACAGCCUGUGAACUCUUGGCUACACUCGGAGCACAUCAAGCAGUGUGGAUCCUCCACAGAUCCAGGAGGUGAAGAGGAGAUCGUACAAAAACAUAUUACAUCUGAGAAUAUCCUUUUAAAAUUUUCCCCUGUGUUUGACUAUGAUGUAAAUACAAUAUGUUACCUCAAUCCCAUUAAUACCUGCACUGCAGCAGGUAAUUUGGAUCCUGCAGAAAGCUGCACAGCUCCAUAUUGCAACACGUUUCCAGAGAAACAAUUUCCUGCUGUUCCUGCUGUUCAACACUUAGAAGAGAUGGAAAGAAGAGUUGGACGAGAGAGUUUGGGAGUCAGUGAUGAUAGAGGCUAUGUAUCUCUCUCCUCCAUAAAUGACCAUAAAGGAGAUGGGUUAUUGAACUCUAAACAGCUCACUGGUAACUCAAAUCCCCAUCUCAGGGUGGUUGAGAAUGGCUGUCAUCCUCAAAGAUCACCCAAGCCACAAUAUAAUAAACAAACUGUGACCUCUGGAGGCUUUACUGUUGCAGUGGACGACUUGAGUCCUGCUGUCAGUGGGCCUUUCAUGGAGCUGAUGACCUCCGUUGUGGAGAGUUUAGAAGGUGAGACUGAGGGGGUGUGGGAUAUCGGUCCUCCCACGCUUGAAUCCUCUCCGUAUGGCAAAGUCAGGCCAAACACUGCUAGUGACAGACGUCUGGCAUCAGAGUCAUCUGGACACAGUACAGAAGACGCCAAUCUGGAGGACGCCUGGGAAAAUACCUUACCUCUUCAAGUACAGGUGAAAUCAAAAGUUGUUGUUCCAUGCCAGCAAACCACAAAACCAGAGGAAGAGUCACGUGCUCGGACUGCCAAGUGCUCCGGGACUCAAAGGCCUGUGAUCUUCAGCAGGAGGUCAGACUGGGAGAAGAAAAAGAGACUCUAUGUCCAUUCAGUAAUGAGACACAUGCAAGAGAAACAAGGAGAACAUAAUGGCUUCUCUGAGGACAUUCAGAACUCUCCUUUGGAUGUUGGCUGUGUUUCGAGGAUCCCACACUGCUUCAGUGAUGUUGAGGUCCAGGCUCUGGGCAGGCCAGUUGUUGACUGGUAG